CCGCCCCUCGCUUCCCGCAGCGGAGAAAGCACCAGCCGGGCAGCGCGCAGGCGAGGCCGGGCCCCGCGGCGGGGGUGCACGCUGCCGCUCGGCCCCCAGCUGGCGCAGACCCAAGAGGAGCUUCCCCUUCCCCCCGUCGUGUGCACGCAGGCGGUGCUCGGCGCUGCGCGGCGCUGCGCUGGUGGGCUCUCUGGGGAAGAGGUUGGGAGCCAGGAGGAGAGCCUCGCCCGCCGGCUUCCUGCCACCACCAGCACGUGCGUUGCGGAUCGUGGACCACGGUUUAGGAACCUCCAGUUUAAGGAGCCUGUAUCUCAUCCGUGCCGCCCUAAACUUCGUGCUAUUAUUCAAGCUGUUCUCUUCAGUCGUUAAAACCCCUAAUCCUGGAGUGGACUCUGUAAAUUGAUUCUAGAGCUUGAUGGGAUGGGGUUACAUCCCAGAGACUCUUUGUUAUAACGUAGGUAGAAAUAAUUUAUUUUGCCCCUGCCCCGUGCAGGAUAGAUGGGGAUUGAAUGGCUGUUUAUUUGUGCACACAAGGGUGAAAAUGUGAGGAUUUUGGGAUCUAUUUGCUUUUGCAGGAAUUAAAGAUGGGGGAGGUGGGGGUGGAAAUCUAACUUUAAGAAGCUCACAAAUAAAUUGGAUCCCUUUUAAAUGCUAAUACUAUUUAUUUCAGUAUCUUUCAGGAAGUGACUUAGGGCAGCAGAAGUCUAAAGAAAAGUUGAUUGUGGAGGUAGAGAGAACAGUGAUUCACGAUUUCACUCUGCAUCAGCCAUCUCCAGAAUAAUCCUGAAACUAGGGAGCAGAUGGCAACGCCAUCCUGUCAGUUGCUAAUUGCGGCAGCUCAGCAGAACCUUAAACCAGGGAGGAAGAAGGGUUUAUCUCCAGCUGGCUCCUUGCACCUGGCUGGGGAGAUCUUAGCUGUAGCUUCUGGAUUGAAACCUGCUCUCCUUUACGAUUACAAUUCAGUUGGAAUAAACAAAAUUGAGAACUACCUUCAGCAGAUCCAGGGCAUCGGCCUGACGAGGCAUCGGCUGCACCUUCUAAAUAUAGCAGACAAUGUUCUGAUACUCAACCUGGAGAAGACAGCACUGUGGCUGGAAAUGCUGUUACUCACAAACAAAGUGCCCUUCAUUGAUGUUUCAGCUUCUAGGAUGUGUCCUGGCCGUUGUGAACCAGAAUACGUGGAGCCUAUAAAAGGCCACAUUGCUGAAAUACUGGCUCAUGUUAAAACACUGCCAAGUAUCACAUCUCAGGCCGUCACUACCAGUGAGAUCUUCUCUGCUGAUUGGAAUCUAUGCACCAUCUUUGGUGUUCUCCUGGGCUACCCAGCUUCCUAUACUUUCACUGCCGAGGAGGGGUUUGACAACUGUUUGUCUCUGACCCCACUGAGAGUUUUUACUGUCCAGGCCUCUUGCUGUAGGAUAAGUAAAGAUCUCAGAGUCCAAAUUUAUUCCUUUAGUGUCCCAGAGAACCUGUAUCUUGCCAUGAAGGAGGGGCUGGAUGCAUGGAGUGGAAACCUGAAGGACGUAUUUAGUGCACAGAAUGACUUUGCAAACCUCUGUAUCUCAACAGAGGUGGUUUCUCUAGCAGCUGUUGCUUUGUAAAUCUAAUUUCUUCAUUUCUUAUCACAGGUUUGGGGGGUGCUAGGCAUGAAAUCUAGAGGGACACUUAACACUCCCUUAUGGACUAAGGUUCCCUCAGGAAUAGCUUGAAACCACAGCUCACCCCCACACCUGGAAUUUAGGGCCCAAAGCACUGGAUGUGAAAGGUGACCAUGUUAGAUGCUGAAUCUGUACUCGCCAUGUCACUGGUACAUGGAACACUUGCCUUUCCUGGAAGUGCACUUUGUGGAUUCAGGCACCGACAGCUGGGUUGCAGGCAGUUCAUGCAGGGUGGAUCCCAGUUGUAGGGUGUUCAACUCCUAAGGUUUGUCUACACUUAUAGCGCUGCUGUAGCACUUAGUGAAGACGCUACCUAGGCCAAUGGGAGAGCUGCGUAGGUACUCCACCUUCCUGAGAGGCGGUAGCUACGGCGACAGGAGAAGCCAUUCUGCCGACAUAGUGCUGUCUGCACCAGAAGUUCAGUCGGUAUAGCUAUGUUGCUCAGGGGUGGGGAUUUUCCACUCCCCUGAGUGAUGUCAUUAUACCAACAUCAGUUCAUAGUGUGGACCAGGGCCUAGUAACCUGACUCUGAUGGCACAAUUGAACUCUGCCUUCCACAUAGGCCUGUGGUAAUUCCAUCCCCUGCCCUACCACAUCAACAGCAGCUCCUAAUAGCAGUUUGACUAGAAGAAUGAGCACAGUGACAGGAGUCAAGAAGCCAUGGGUUCUAAUCUCAUUUUUUCCUCUGGCUGCAUUUGGGCAAGUGAUUUCUCCCCAUAUGUGCCUUAGUUUCCACAUCUGCAAAAUGGGGAUAUUUACCUCUCAGAACUAGUGUGAGGAUUAAAAAGGGGUCCAUAUUUGUAUCGUGCUUGGAACGUGUAAAGUUUGAUAAAUAUUACUACUUAAUGCCCAUGUUAUCUAGUGUAACGCGUCUACUAUAGACCCUGCUUGUGCUAACAGCACAAAUGUGUGUUUGCAUUAAAGAUACAUACUGUUGUCAAAGCAAUAGAACUCAGCUGUUAAAGGAAUUUCAGUAAGUACCGGGCAUUGACUUGGAUUAACGCGGUAUUGACAUUUCACAAUUUUUCUCUCCACACUUAAUUAAAAUAUCAGCAACCUCUAGUGCUUUGUAUGGAUUGGAGGGGGGCAGGGAGGUGGAGAGGAAGAGGCUACAGUAAUCAAGUAGGAGGUGACAAGGACCUGGACAAGAGCUGAGGUAGUCUAGGCAGAAAGCGAAGGGGUUGGGGGCAGGGUUUUGUGUCUCCUACUGAGUUCUGUCCUCGAGCUGAUGCUAUGCAAUAAAACGUACGGUUGCUGCAGCAGACACACUGAACCUUUUCUCAUGUAACCUGCAAUUAAAAAUUAAACCAAGCAA